UACCACUUCCUAGUGAGUAUUAUAUUCUUUGCCUGCCACUCAGACUACUCAGAGAGAGAUUCCUUCACCUGGCAACACUGCAAUGAAGUGUCAAUGUCAAGCAAAAUGACUGUUACGGGUUUGUUUACUUCAGAGUUUUAGAGUAAAGUUUAAUUUCGGUCUAGGUGUAUUAUUAGAGUUUAGCGUUUUAUAUAAGUAGUUGAGCCAGCUCGAUCAAUAAUUACAUACCUUCAAGUGAACAUGUUAGAAGCACAGACAAAUAAUGAUCAGACAAUACUGGAUUACCUAAAUGAAGAUUGCUGGCGUGCUGUACUGCAAUAUGUACCUGUCCGGGACAUCAUUCGGACGGAGAGCACCAUCCGGCAAUGGCAGAGAAUGGUUCUGUGGUACUUACAAGGAAUUCAUAUAAGUAUAUUAGAUAACCAUGAUAAAGCCAAGAAGACAAAUCCAAAUGCUUGUGUUUUGAAACUUUCUCACUCUGUGUAUGAACUUGACUUCAAGUCAUUUGACAUGUGGAUCAACAAACUUGGCCCAUCAGUUGUGGCCACUUACUGCCAAAAUUUGGAAAGUUUAAUAAGAAUUAGAGAAAACUGUCCUAAUUUGGAAAGUCUGACGCUUGAAAGCUUGCAUAAUGGUUGUAGCUGCUGUGGUUUAUUAGAACGGUUCCCAUACAAUCUGAACAUGGACUUCAAGUGCCUGCAAGGGCUGUACUUCUUUUCAUGUGAUGUAUCGGACUACUGUAUUUCCCAUUUUAUAUCGGACAAAGCCUUAGAAGAAUUCGAAUUACGGAAUUGUCAGAGAGUGACAGGGGAUUUUUUCAAUACUAUAGAUUUGUCAAACGUAAAAUCCCUUGCCUUAGAAGACUGUGAUAAUAUCGAUUCCGAGCACUUAUUCUCUGCUGUCGAACGUCUUGACGGGUUGAAGAAGUUGGUCCUUAGCAAUAUGUCUGCCGAUAUAAGUAAAGGAAUACAAGCGGUGCUGGAUAAGAUGCCCAAAUUGGAAUAUCUAGAAAUAUAUGAUGAGAGAGACACGAUGCCUUGCUAUGAUUAUAAGCCUCUAUCACGUUUGACUUGUUUGAAGCACCUCGAGGUGAUGUACCGACUGCCUGAUGAGGCCGCGGAAGCUAUACUGCGGGGCUGCAAGGAUUUGAGGACCUUGGAGUUUCGGGACUGUGAAGACAUGAGCGGGCGCUCCGUGACGGAGGCGCUGUGUCGCUGGGGCACGCGGCUCCGCUCGCUGUCCUUGGAGCCGCUGGACUUGGACGACGACGACCUGGUGGCCAUCAUCAGCGCCUGCCCCGAGCUCACGGUAUAG